CCCCCUCUGGUCUCAUCAAACCAAUUGCUCCGGCGGGUAAUCUUAACCUUAAAAUCACCGGCAGUCACCGGACUCUCUAGUUUGUAACUAUAAAAGAUAGCUAAUCCUAAUGGCCUCGUCUUUUAAUUGAGCGUCAUCUUUUUUUUUGAGAGAAAUUUCAAGAAUUAGGGUUUUGAGAGGAGAUUCUCUACCGAGAAAGCUCCGAUGAUGCCAUAGGAUCCGAUGAUGCCAUAGUUAGGGUUUUAAGAUCUAAAUGCCGCUUCAGAUGAAGAUCACACCGAUAGAUGCAAGAUUGACGAUCAAGAACGAUCUAUCGAAGCCUGCGGCGAAAUCGAGGCUGAAGAGGCUCUUCGAGCGGCAGUUUCCGAAGCUCUCCGGCGCCGGAGAUUUGAAGGAGAGGGAGAAGGACGAUGGAGGUGAGCUGGAACCGAGCUCCCUUUGUCUCGAUAAGCUCGUCGUGAAUUUCAUCGAAGACGGCAAUGAGAAGCCUACGAAGUGCUGCGGCUGCUUCAAUGGAAACAUAGAAGACAGCUCCGACGAUGAGUUCGCCGGUGAUGCGUCGGCGAUUGCCUCUGUUGGACCUGCAGACGCGCUGGAAGUGCUUAAGGGCUUGAUGCCGUGCGAGAGCCUUGCGGAGCGCAAUCUGUUAGCUGACGCGUCAAAGAUCGUGGAGAGUAACAAGAGCAAAAUCGGAAAGGGGAAAGAUAACUGCAUCAUGAUCGUAACUGAAAAUCUCAAAUCUUUAGGUUACGAUGCUUCGAUCUGCAAGUCUAAAUGGGAGAAAACCCCUUCAAUCCCAGCUGGCGAAUACGAUUACAUAGACGUGCUGAUCGAAGGCGAUCGCCUCAUUCUCGAUGUCGAUUUUAGAUCGGAGUUCGAGAUCGCGCGAUCGACCAAGAACUAUCGAGCUGUGCUUCAAUCUCUGCCGUUGAUCUUCGUGGGCAAGUCCGAUCGCCUCCAAAGGAUCGUGACCUUGGUUUCUGAAGCGGCGAGGCUGAGUCUUAAGAAGAAGGGGCUCCAUUUCCCGCCGUGGAGGAAGCUCGACUACAUGAAAUCCAAAUGGCUGGCUUCUUACGAGAGAACAGCGGAGGAUGUUAAAUCCAGCGGUGCCAUUGGCGCCCCUACUGCGAUCUCGGCCGUUAACUUUAACGGCGAGUUCGAGAUGCGAGGCGUGGUCCCGGAGUCGGAGAAGAUAACGGUGGUGGUCUCGCCGUGGACUCCACCGGCUGUGAGGCCGAAGUCGGUGACGCCAGGAGCUAAGGUCGUCACUGGAUUAUCUUCUGUCUUGACCGAAAAGUCCCCGUCUCCGCCGGCGAAGUUUUGAAAUUUACAAGUUACCCCUCUUUUUUGUUGGGUUAAUUUUUGUUUUCUUGUUGUUUGGGUUUUUGUUUUCCGUGUAUGGUGAGUUGGGAGAGAGAUAAUUCCUCCGUAUCCACCGUAUCUUUCGGUUUUCUCCCCUCUUUUGGAAAAGGGCAUGUAAGAAGAGAAAUUAACUCAGCUAUUACUACUAGUUAUAAUAUUAACUACCGAGUUUAAUAUUGAGACCUUAUCUUAUGUGAGAUCUAUAAAUAAAAAAAAAAGUUGUGACGCUAA